AUGUUGAACAGAUUGGGGCUCAUUCGCAACAUUCCGCGCAGUUUCGUUAGAUGCUAUACAACCGAAGUAAAACCAAAUUUGAAGUUACUCAAGGAACUGCGUAAAGAAACUGAAGUUUCUAUGAGCAAAGCGAAAGAAGCCCUUGUCAAGAAUAAUAACGAUUAUGCAAAGGCUUUAGCUUGGUUGUCUGCAGACGCGCAAAUUUCUGGUGCGAAAAAAGCCCAAAAAGUUGCUGGAAGAACAGCUGGAGAAGGCUUAAUUGCAACUGCCUCAGUUGAAGUGCCCGUGUCCAAUGGGUUUAAAAGCAAAAGUACAAUUAUCGAGCUGAACUGUGAGACUGACUUUGUCUCUAGAAAUGAAGUAUUUAACAAUUUAGCAUCAAGAAUUGCUGCCACCUCUCUAUUUAUGCAUGAUAAGCCCGUUGCCAAUAGCAACAAAUUCAUCAAAUCAAUUCCUAUAGAUGUUUUACUCAAAGAACCAUUAAUGCCUCACCCAAACGAAGAAAACUUAUCGAAUGAUUUUGCUAAGACAGUAGAAGAAACAAUAGUCGAAACAAUUGGGAAAUUGGGUGAAAAAAUCAGCUUGCGUCGUGCUGCCAUUGUCACUGAAGGGGCGUCGGCUUGUUACGUACAUGGAGGUGACGCCACCUCUGGCAAAAUCGGAGGUAUUGCUGUCCUGCAACCCAAAAAAGUGGCUUUAUCAGAGCUCGAUGAAACUGCUACUGCGACCUUAUCAAAAACAGCAAGGCAAAUUGCUCGCCAAGUGGUAGGGCUUAACCCCUCUUAUUUAAAUGCAACAGAUAUACCGGAAGAAGAACGUCAAAGCAACACAAAUCCUGAAGAAUUUGAAGAAACACAUGUGCUCAACAACCAAAAGUUCCUGAUGAACCCCAAUCUCACUGUAGCUGAAUAUGUUGCUCAGGCGUCAGAUGGGAGUGAAAUCGUCGACUUUAUUCGUUGGGAAGUUGGAGAGGGUAUUGAGAAAAAGGAAAACGAUUUCGCUAAUGAGGUCCUUAGUGCUGCUCGUGCUAAUUAG